CCCUGUGACGUUUGCAGACGUACACUAUAGUGCUAUUCAGUUUGAUUCACCAUAGUCAUAGACUUUAUUCUUAUCUUCAUGAAAUGUGUGAAAAGAAAUAGGUUUACUAUUCAAAACAUGUAUGACAAUUCCUAUACCUUAACAGCGAUACAUUAAUUACCGUACCGGUAGUAUAUCACACAAGUUUGGGAAAGUGGCUCAUGCGAUGCCACUUGAUUCCUGGUUAUUAAAGAGACUGUAACGUUGGAUGGGUACAAUAAAGGAUCCCGCCGUUACCAUCAACAAACAAAUAAAAGGUCUGAUGGGAUGUGAGAAGCAGUAAACAUGGAACACUUUGAGGCUGCUCCAGGUUGCUAUAAAGCUCCUCCUCUGUAGAUGAGACCAGCAGAUGUUUGUGGAGCUGGCAUGAAAAUGGCUUCUCAGUGGAACACUGCCCGUGUGAACAAUGCAGAGAGGAAGGUGCCCCACACCCGUAUGGAGGAUGAGGCUGACCUCCAGCAAAUAUACUCAUUUGGGAGGAAAUUAGGUCAAGGUAGCUUUGGGGUCGUCUGUGAAGCCACCCACAAUGAGACAAGGAAGAAAUGGGCUAUUAAGAAGGUGAACAAAGAGAAGGCUGGAAGUUCAGGUGUCAAACUGUUGGAACGGGAAGUGAGCAUCCUGAAACGUGUGAACCAUGCACACAUAAUACAUCUGGAGGAAGUCUUUGAAACACAAAAGAGGAUGUAUCUGGUUACUGAGCUGUGUGAGGGAGGGGAGCUGAAGGAGCUCCUUCAGAAGAACACACGCUUCACAGAGGAGGAGACCAAGCACAUCAUCAACAGCCUGGCUGAGGCCAUCGUCUACCUGCAUAAGAAGGACAUAGUUCACCGAGACCUGAAACUGGAGAACAUUCUAGUGAAGAGUUAUCAUCAUGGUGUUGAUAAUGACAUGAUCAAUAUCAAGGUGACAGACUUUGGGUUGUCAGUGAAGAAGGGGGGUGUUGGCAGUGAGAACAUGCUGAAAGCCACCUGUGGGACUCCUAUCUACAUGGCUCCUGAGGUGAUCAAUGCUCAUGAGUACAGUCAGCAGUGUGAUGUGUGGAGUAUUGGGGUCAUCAUGUACAUGCUGCUGUGUGGGGAACCUCCAUUCAUCGCCACCUCUGAGGAAAGACUCUUUGAGAUGAUCAAGAAGGGAGAACUCCACUUUGACAGACCCGUCUGGGACUCCUUCAGUGAUGCAGCCAAAAAAGUGUUGAGUUGCCUCCUGAAAGUUGAUCCCGCCCAUCGCAUCACAGCCAAUGAGCUGCUGGAUAACUCCUGGAUCACGGGUGACACCAACACUCUGGCCACACCCACCAACGUGCUGGAGAUGAUGCGUCUGUUCCGGGAUGACCCGGAGGAGGCGGAGAGAGAGGAGGAGAGCGAGGAGGUCAGGGACGUGCUGAACGAGCUCUCUCUCAGCUGCUCCCAGGACAGCCUGACUCUGGAGCCCAGGGCAACACUGGAGAACGGGGCAGGAUCAGAGCAUACAGUAACACUGGAACCUAGGGUUAGGCCUGAGAACAGGGCAGGGAUGGAGGGUGGGGCCAGGCUGGAGGACCAGGUAAGGCCGGAGCCCAGGGUGGCUUCAGCGCCCAGUAACCGCAGGAACAUUGCUGAGCUCAGCUCUGAGGGAGACACAGACAGUAGCAGCAGCAAACCCACCACCCCCACCAAACAGAGACAGAAGAAGAAGGUUGCUGCCUCAUCGUCCAAUGAACUGAAAACCAACAGCUCUGCUGUGAAGAUCUGCAACUCACUCAGUCCCCCCACUUCACAGUCCCAUACAGGUGGCAAACUCUCCAGGCAGUCGAGUGCAAAUCCUCAGGACAAGAGUGAGACCCGCCCAACCUCUUCCCCAGUGGGGCCAGCUCCCAAACCAGCAGCCGGUCCAGGGAAGGUAGAGGCCCACAAAGACCUAGCAACGAUUUCACUGUAAAGCACCUGAUUCCUGUUGUUCAAACUAUCCCUGUUGCGUCUCCACUGACCUCUUAGGUUACCUGUCGUUUCUGUUAUGCUUAGUUACAUACUUUGUCUGCAUUUUCCAUAUCAAACUCACUGACAGUCUGAGUCGUUUCAAAAUACACUAAAAGUAGAUGGGGAAACUCAAAGGGAGUGUUCAUCUAUCUUAUUUAUUCCGUUGGGCAUAAUUCAUGAUUUAUUAGUGGUACACUGGGUUGUGUAGCUGUUAGUGUUUUCUAUGUACUGUAAAAGUAUACUUUUAUAUUUCUCUUUCAGUAUCCUAAUGGGCAAAUUUGGUAUGAAAGAUCUUCAAAGUGCUUUGUUUUUCCCCACAAAUGUCAUUAACAUAUUAUUAGUCAGUGGCGACCAGGGGCUCAAGCUUGUCUGCUGUUUAUUAUUUUCAUUGAGCUGUUCUUAGGAUGAUUUAAGGAUGAUUGCCAAGCAUCAUGAGAAGAAACUAAUGUACAGAAACUCCAUUAUUUUGUGUUCAAUAAACAUAAUCAGAAAUGAUA